AUGUACACUCUUGGAAACUCCAUUACCACAAUUCAAGGAUGCAUCCAGACAUGUAGAGACAACUCUAAACCAAUAGCAGUACUUGCCAGUGAAGAUGAAUGUUACUGUGGUGAUGACGACACUGAUUACCAGCAAUACGGUGAAGCUGUACCUGGGGAGACUAUCAACGAAUAUGCAUACUACGGUACCCAACAAUGUAGUGGAGAUAAUGGUACUGAACCUUACAUACAAGGAUGUGGUGGUGAAUACCAAUUUGAUGUCUAUGAUACUACCAUUGGUGCAUGUGGAGGACAGUACACUGGUAACACUGGUUAUAUAUAUUCCCCAAACUUUCCUGGCAACUAUUCAGAUGACCAAAAUUGUAUAUGGACGAUUACAGUUGAAGACAACCAUAUAAUUCAGCUUAGUAUAUUGAUGUAUAAGAUAAGUAUUGGUGAUCAUCUGGAUAUAAGAGAUGGUGAUGACGUAACGGCACCAAAGAUUACAUGGAACAGCAUGACAGUUGGUGGUGGAACACCACAUAAACAAUGUCUGGAUUCUGGUAAAUGGUCAGGAAUUGAACCACAAUGUACAGGUAUAACCAGUAUAUCUACGUCCAGUACAAAAACUCCUGAUAGAUCUGAGAUAACUCAAACGACUCGACAAAACGUAUUCAGUGAUGAACCCACUGGUACUGGAGAUACACUAAAGUACAGUUCGACAACCAGUGAGGGCUGCACAGUUAUUUGUGAUUCUACAUUAAAACCAAGUGUAUCGUCAAAUGGAAAUGAGGAGAAGAUAGAACAAUGCAAUCAGAAAGGUGCUAAUCCGGGUGUGUAUGUAGGCUUUGGUAUUGUUAUUGUCGUCAUGGCAGUAGUCAUAGUAACGUUGGUAUUGUUGUAUAGAAGAGCAAGACUCAAAUCUACCCAGACCGAGGAAAGAGAAAUUACAAACUUGGAUAAAAGUAAUGAUCGUACAUAUCAGGACCUUAUCACAACUGACGGCGUUAACAAUGCAUACCAGGCUUUAAAUUAUCACGACGAUAAAAAUAAAAAAGAGAUGGAUUCUGUUAAUACUCCUAGACCUGGUUGUUAUGAGGAGAUUGAAUUAGGACAAGAUGUAUCGAAACAAAAGAACGUUGUGCAGCAACAAGCAGAUGACUCUACUCUAAACAUGUCGGAAAUUCAGGAAGCAUUGAUCGUGUUGCAGCAAUGUGUUACUGCCUAUGACGUAACAACUGAUAACGAGAAAAAGGGGGAAAUGUCAGAUACACGGAAGGCAAUGACAAAGUUAGUCAAUUACGUAAAUGCGCGUAAAACAAAGUGA